AAAAGCUCGCUUUGGAUACGAGAAUGCCCGUGAUUAUGGAGUAGUGAAACCAACGGAUAUGUCAUCAAAAGUUGGCUAAUAUGCAGCUUAAAAUCUCACUUAGUCUAAAAUAGACUAAUAAUUCGUUUGUGGCUAUCGAAGAAGCAACGGUAGGAUGUUGAAGCAAAUAUUCCUGCUCAUGAGUAUUCUUGGAGGCGUCUGGCUCCAGCAGACUCCAAGCCCAAAAGGCACAACCAGGAAACCCUCCCCGGAAAGUCCCUCCAUGUUGAAGAUGAUUCAGUUUCUGGAGGCGGAGGGCUAUGACAACAGGCAGAAACCCCAUUGGCAUACCGCAGAUAAUCGCACAGUGGUUGAGGUUUUGAUGAUAUUAAACAGUAUUACAUCGAUUGAUGAAAUAAAGAUGGAUCUUGAUCUCGACAUGUUUGUGAUGAGACAAUGGCGGGACUCACGACUGGUGAACAUCACCGAGACUCCACCGGACAAGAACAUUCUAGUAUUCGGGGAAAUGGAAGAUAGACUCUGGGUGCCCAACUUCUACUUUGUAAACAGCAAGACUGCUCGCUAUCACAAUGUGACAACCUUGAACCAGGAGACGUACAUUGAAGUAUCUACGGGGACGGUCUACAUGAAUGUCAGAGUUACAGUUAAAGUGCGCUGCCCGAUGCAGCUUUGGAACUUCCCAAUGGACAAUCAGACAUGUGAGCUCAACAUCCAAUCAGAUGUCCAUGACGGUGAAGUUGUUUACAAAUGGGUAGAUGUUGACCCAGUGUCCGUUAACAGUGAUGUCACACUGCCAAAGUUCAAUCUUCUCCGACUUCCGGAGCCGGAGGAGUGUAUGAGCACGCGACGACAGAACCUCGCAGAUAAAAGUAGUAAGGCGCCUGUUGGGGACAAGGCCCGCUACAGCUGCCUCAAGCUGAACAUCCACAUUGUGAGGCAGUUCGGCUACUACCUGAUCCAGAUCUACAUCCCCAGUAUCUGCCUGGUCAUGAUGUCCUGGGUCUCAUUUUGGCUGACAGUGGAGUCGACCCCAGCCAGAGCAUCGGUUGGGGUCAUAACCGUGCUCACCAUCACCACAAUGAGCGGCGGCGCCAGCCAGACAAGCCCAAAGGUCUCCUAUCUAAAGGCCCUCGACAUCUGGUUCUUGACCAUCACCGGAUUCGUGUUUUCUGCAUUCUUCGAAUUCGCCAUCGUGAAUACUGUGUAUAGGACGACACGCAAGAAGAAGCUACGCAAUCUGCAGAAAAGGCGACAGAAGUUGGCUGACCAGCGCCUCGCCGCAAACCAGGCGAACGCCAACCAGAUUCGCAACAACAUCUACACCCGGCAUGAUGACAACCCUUCCGAUGACAAUGCGGUCAGCGGGUUGUUGCUGACACAACCACUUGAGCAACCUGCAGUGUGCCCAACGCCCCCGGAGCUACCGAUCCUCCAGGCCAUGAACGGGUCAUCGGAGGCACCUCUACUCGACUGGGAAGACCACUUGGAUGAGAAUAUCGGGUGUUGCUGUUGCUCGAAAUCUGCGGAAGCCAUUGAUAUUACGGCACGAUGGCUGUUCCCAGCGGCGUUUAUUGUAUUUAACGCCAUCUAUUGGAGGUUAUAUGGCAGCUACACAGCUUUCGGAGACUGGGACAAUAUUAGUGAGAAUAUUGGAGGAAACAGUUCCGAGCCUCAGGUUCGCUAUGGGGUAUUCUUUGAUUAGGUAUUAGGAGAUUGGUCAAAUAAUGGACUCUUGAAGAAAAGAUGCCACGAUAAGUUGUGUUAGUUCUUAAUAUUUCAAAGAAGGGAUACAAAAAGAGGUGUGGCUGAUCGGUUCAAUCAACAUUUAUUUCAUGUCCAAUACAUGCUUUGUCAGCGGUUUAAAUAAAUCAGUAUUUGUCAUUCUUA